CAUAGUAGGGACGGGCAGGAAGGCGGGCAAAGCGGCGCGCAGGACCGGCUUUCCUUCCGCUCCCUUCCGCCGCAGCCCCGCUUUCUGCUGCCAGUUCCGCCGCCAGGAUGAUUCCACCGGUGCAGGUCUCGCCCCUCAUCAAGUUCACCCGGUACUCGGCGCUGCUCGUGGGGAUGAUCUACGGCAAGAAGCGAUACGACUACCUAAAGCCUAUUGCUGAGGAGGAGAGAAGGAUAGAGGCGGAGGAGAAGAAGAAGCGCGAGGAGCUCGAACGGAUCGCAAAGGAACUGGCAGAAGCAUCUGAAGAUUCCAUUUUGAAAUAAAGGAUUGGAUCUUAAUUUUAGAUACAUGGCUAGGCUCUGAAUGGUGUAGUGGUUGAUGGUCUCUGCAUGUUACUCUACCAAUAAAGUACUUAACCA